GUUCUCUAAGUCGAGUUUCUUUUCAGUUUGUGCCCCCCCCCCCCCAAAAACAACCGAUGGACUAACAUCACCAAGAUGAGACACGUGUUUGUGGGAGAUGUCCGCGGUUUUGAGCCCUGGAGUUCAUGUUCACUCCACAGUUCACAGCAGAGCAAAGACGCACCUGCUUUCAGAGCUGUGCAGUCUCUGAACAGCCUGAAUGACCAGAUUGCGAGCUUCAUGGUGACUGGACCCAAGGCCCUGGAGCAGGAGGAGCCCGCCUUUCGCCCCCCGGAGAAAGAGACCAUGCAGAAGUCCAUGACGCUCAUGAGGCACCUCCUCGUGGAUGCUCAGGCAAAAAUCCUGAAAAUGAUGGAUGACAACAAGCAGUUGGCCCAGCGCAUAGAUGGGGCCAUCCAAUCCGCCAGCCAGGAGGUGACCAACCUGCGGUCAGAGCUGAGCGCCACCAGCCGCAGACUUGCCGAGUUGGGGGCCACGGACUCCUCUGCCAGCAUGCUGGAGACCCUGCAGCACAACCACAAUGAUCCCUCUCCCCAUCCGAGGCAGAAGCCACCGGCAGCUGACCUCAGCUACAAGAAUGAAAUCAGCAGUCUCAUGGACUUCAACUCUCCGGACGCCUCCCUGGACAAAGUCCUGCUGCGCGAGGAGGUGGCCCAGCUCCAGGAGGAGGUGCACCUGCUGCGGCAGAUGAAGGACAUGCUGAGUAAAGACCUGGAGGAGACCCAGGGCGGCUGCUCGGCCGACGUGCUCUCUGCCACGGAGCUACGCGUGCAGCUGACUCAAAAGGAGCAGGAGCUGGACCGGGCCAAGGAGGCUCUGCAAGCCAUGAAGUCGGACCGAAAGCGCCUGAAGGCGGAGAAAGCGGACCUGGUGAACCAGAUGCAGCAGCUCUAUGCCACACUGGAGAGCCGGGAGGAGCAGCUCCGUGACUUCAUACGCAACUAUGAGCAGCACAGAAAAGAGAGCGAGGAUGCGGUGAAGGCACUGGCCAAGGAGAAGGACCUGCUGGAGAGAGAGAAGUGGGACCUGCGGCGGCAGACCAAGGAAGCCACGGAGCACACGGGGCUGCUGCGCUCUCAGCUCGACCUCAAGGAGAACCGCAUCAAGGAGCUGGAGGCGGAACUGGCCAUGAUGAGUAACUGUGUCAAUCAGAGAAUGGAGUUCCGGGUGUUUGAGCGGCUUGCGGACAGGGACUACUCAUCUAGGGUCAUGGCGGCCAAACAGUCACUAGCCACCCUGACCAAGGACGUGCCCAAGCGUCACUCGCUGGCCAUGCCCACCGAGGCGGUUGUCAACGGCAACAACCAGGAGUGGGUGAUGCAGGCUGACCUUCCCCUGACGGCCGCGAUCCGACAGAGUCAGCAGACACUCUAUGUCCACACGGGGCACCCCACUGACAGACAAGUGGCCGCCGUGCGGGUGAGCCCGUGCCACUCGCGUCAGCCCUCCGUCAUCUCCGACGCCUCGGCGCUGGAGGGGGACCGCUCGUCCACGCCCAGCGACAUCAACUCGCCACGCCACCGGACUCACUCCCUCUGCAAUUCCCUAGAAGAUCUGGAGGAGGCGAAGCGUAAGAAGAAGAAAGAGAAGAUGGGGCUGGGCUCUCUGUCGCGUGUCUUCGCCCGGGGAAAGCAGCGCAAGUCCCUCGACCCCGGUUUGUUUGAUGGUACUUCAACACCUGAUUAUUACAUUGAGGAAGAUGCAGACUGGUAAAGCACACAUGUCCGAGCGACCCCGCCUGGAGAGCCGUUGUGGCAAAUGAUCAGAAGACAGAAAUAUGUUGAAGUGUGUGUAAGAGGAUGGGUGUGCGUUUGAUGUCAGUGUGUACAGAUAUAAUAAUGCGAGUGCCUGUGCAGUCUCACACGCAAUGCAUACUCACGUGUGCAUGUGUGUGAGUGUGUGCAUGACACACACACGUGGUCAGAGUCCAUGUAAGAAGCCGGAGGCGCGUCUUUGCUUGACUGAAGUUUUCGACCUCGACGAGCAAAUUGCACCUGUAUGUAUGUACAGUAUGUACGGUCCUGUAAAUAGAGUGAACAGUGUGACACGGCGACCACAUGGAUGUGUUCUUGGAUCUUUGAAUUGUUCUCUACAUUUUGACUUUUUGUUUUCACUCAACUGGAAACUUGAAGGACUGCUGUACUUGUAAAUAACAACAGUUGAUGUGCACUCUGUGCGUGUAAAUGUCUCCUUGUCCUGAAUGCCUUUUUGUUAUUUUUGACAUGUACCCCCCCCCCCCCUCCUCUCGCUACCUUUUUAACUUGAACUCCCCCCUGUUUAUUGUCCUGCCUGCUCCAUCCCCCUCUUGCCACACUGCCAUGAUGAGAACAGUUUCCUGUAGGCAACAUGCAGACUCCUCAAAUCCACCUCCGGCGCGGUUGUGCGACAACGUCCCCCAACCGCCGAGACAAACUGUGCGGAGGCACUCCUUGAUGUUUCCUCAAAUGGGACUUCAAAGACGCUGCUAAGCGAGGAAUGAACUUUCUAUGCAGAACAGUUUGUUCCGUGGCAACAUGAGGCCAAACAGGAAAUGUAAGAAAUGUGUUUUCUAUCUGUCACGAUAGAAGGUACAUGUGUGACAUGCAUGCAAACAGUCCCAGUCCACAGAUGCAUGUUGGACAAAACCCUACUAAACACAAAUGUCUUUCUCUGGGUAUGUUGCCGAGACGGUGAUAAACUGUCUGUUAAAAAAAAAAGAGAGGGAGAGAGGUCAGUUACUGAUUUCAUGGUAUUUAUUCAUGAUCCAUUUAAAAUGAAGUCGUAAUAUUAAAAAGUGGACCCUCUGCUAUUCAGAAUGUGCUCUGAUUAACGUUCAAGAGCUGAACAUCCCCGACCAAACGUUGAACAUUUUUAAUCUGCACCUACAAGGCCAGUCGAGCAAAGAAUUCCUCUGAAACAGUAAAGGUCAACAAAGUCAACAGUCACAAAGAAAACCCCCAGCGAUGAAAUCAUUAUUCCUCUCAUCCACGGGGCUUUGUACCCUUUUUUCUCUCUGUAAGAUCUCAAAGUAGCUCCCGGCUAUCAUUUUAUUAACACUUUAAAAAGGGGCUGUUUGAAUUGUUCUGAGAAGCCUGAAAAAAAGCUAUUAUCUCAAAAUUAGUGAUCGCAUAAACAUCAAUUAUGCUAACAUUGUAAAUAUUAGACUCAUUACAGCUUCUCCAAAACCCCAGGAAUUAGGCCGUUUCAGCAGAAAAUCUCAAUUUAGCGGGAUGAUCGAGAACUGCUAUAACAAUAACAAGUGCCAGUUCAAGUCAUUGCUGCGGAGGGGGAAAAAAAGCAAUUAACUUUGUGCCAAAGGUUAAUAGCAUUUCUUCAAGCUACAGAAUGACUAAAGACAUGGAUUAUUUUCAUCCCUGGUGUUGGAUUGACCCGGAGUCUGCACUGCCCCCCCAGGAAGUCUUUUCUCCCCCUGAACUAACACUGGGUUUUUGUCCGUCUCACCUGGAACACCACGGUGUCACAGAUUACAUCGGAGCUGUAUUAAAACCGUAGUGUUGGUCAAGCAGUGGGGGGAUUAUCGUUUGACCCUUAGCUCCUCAUGCAUUCGGGCUCGCAGAUUUAGAAGUGAAUCAAGAGGUAAUUCAAAGAUUAGUCAACAUGUAUUAAGUCAUAUAUAUAAGAACAACAGCUCCACCAGAUCAUCUCAUUACACAUUCAAUGACAUGUAUGGAAAUCUAGGCUAUUUUUAUUUUUUCAUGUAACCAACCUUCUAUGAUCCUCUGCUGAUGGGGGGGGGGGGCGGGGGGGGGUAAAGAAAACAUCAAAUGAAAACUAUUGUGUCAUUGUAUGUUUUGAGCCACGGUCUCUUUGUUUUUUAUUUUCCACAAAUAUUUUCCUUUUUGUAAAUGAGAUAACAUUACAGAAAUGAAAUUAUUAAUAUUAUUAUUAUUAUGAAAGAGUUUUAUUUAAAGUCAAAGAUGUAGGCCUUGUUGGAGGACUUCCACCGUGAGGUCCUGAGAUGUGUAGAAGUGGCUAGUGGCAAACGUUUAAAGGCAUGGCAACAAAAUUACCCUCAAAAGAACUAAAUGAGAAGAAUAAGAUUAUUUUAAAAUAAAAUAAGUAACGUUAAAUUUA